ACCUCCACUGCCGUCAUGUCUAAAUCAGAGUCUCCCAAAGAGCCCGAACAGCUGCGGAAGCUCUUCAUCGGAGGAUUGAGCUUCGAAACAACCGAUGAGAGUCUGAGGAGCCAUUUUGAGCAAUGGGGAACGCUCACAGACUGUGUGGUAAUGAGGGAUCCAAACACCAAGCGCUCCAGAGGCUUCGGGUUUGUCACAUACGCCACGGUGGAGGAGGUGGAUGCGGCCAUGAAUGCAAGGCCACACAAGGUGGACGGAAGAGUUGUGGAACCAAAGAGGGCCGUCUCAAGAGAAGAUUCUCAAAGACCUGGUGCCCACUUAACUGUGAAAAAGAUUUUUGUUGGUGGCAUUAAAGAAGACACUGAAGAACAUCACCUGAGAGAUUAUUUUGAACAGUACGGGAAAAUUGAAGUAAUUGAAAUCAUGACUGACCGAGGCAGUGGCAAAAAGAGAGGCUUUGCUUUUGUAACCUUUGAUGACCAUGACUCCGUAGACAAGAUUGUCAUUCAGAAAUACCACACUGUGAAUGGCCACAACUGUGAAGUGAGAAAAGCCCUGUCUAAGCAAGAGAUGGCUAGUGCUUCAUCCAGCCAGAGAGGUCGAAGUGGUUCUGGAAACUUUGGUGGCGGUCGUGGAGGUGGUUUUGGUGGGAAUGACAACUUUGGUCGUGGAGGAAACUUCAGUGGUCGAGGUGGCUUUGGUGGCAGCCGUGGUGGUGGCGGAUAUGGUGGCAGUGGGGAUGGAUAUAAUGGAUUUGGUAAUGACGGAAGCAAUUUUGGAGGUGGCGGAAGCUACAAUGAUUUUGGCAAUUACAACAAUCAAUCUUCAAAUUUUGGACCCAUGAAAGGAGGAAACUUUGGAGGCAGAAAUUCUGGCCCCUAUAGUGGUGGAGGCCAAUACUUUGCCAAACCACGAAACCAAGGUGGCUAUGGUGGCUCCAGCAGCAGCAGGAGCUACGGCAGUGGCAGGUUUUCAUUACUGCCAGGAAACAAAGCUCAGCAGGAGAGGAGGGACAGAGAAGUGACAGGGAAGCUACAGGUUACCACAGAUUUGUGAACUCAGCCAAGCACAGUGGUGGCAGGGCCUAGCUGCUACAAAGAAGACAUGUUUUAGACAAUACUCAUGUGUAUGGGCAAAAAACUCGAGGACUGUACUUGUGACUAAUUGUAUAACAGGUUAUUUUAGUUUCUGAUCUGUGGAAAGUGUAAAGCAUUCCAACAAAGGGUUUUAAUGUAGAUUUUUUUUUUUUUU